GACGAAGAAGAAGACGUUUGACGCGCCGUAGUUCUGUGUCAACAUGGCCGCACGCGCUGGAGACAAGCGUGGUCUGGAGCAUUUAGAUGAAUAUGACCCAAAACAAGCAAAACAGCAAAAAAGCUUGCACGAACAGAUGACGGAAAAGCGUCUUGUUGUUGUUUUGGAAGGAGCGACGCUUGAAACCGUAAAGGUUGGAAAGACAUUUGAGUUGCUGAACUGUGAUCAACAUAAGAGUAUGAUCAUAAAAAGCGGAAGAGACCCUGGGAAGAUUCGUCCUGACAUCACUCAUCAGUGCCUGUUGAUGUUACUGGACAGUCCUCUGAACAGAGCUGGACUGCUUCAAGUCUACAUUCACACAGAGAAGAACGCUUUGAUCGAGAUCAACCCACAGACGAGAAUUCCUCGCACUUUUGCACGAUUUUGUGGACUAAUGGUCCAGCUGCUGCACAAGCUGAGCGUGAGAGCAGCAGAUGGUCCUCAACGCUUGUUAAGGCUGAUUAAAAAUCCAGUGUCGGAUCACCUGCCAGCUGGAUGCCCCCGAUAUUCGACGUCGUUCAAAGCAGGAGAUGCUGUGUGUCCCCGAACAAUCGUCCCUAAAGAUGGACCUGCCGCUGUUGUCAUUGGAGCGUUUGCACAUGGAGCAGUGAAUAUCGACUACACCGAGAAGACGGUGUCCAUCAGUAACUAUCCUCUGUCUGCAGCUCUGACCUGUGCUAAGAUGUGUUCAGCGUUUGAAGAGGUUUGGGGAGUGUUAUGACCAAACCAGACUGUUACGAACUGCCAGGAACAGAUCUUUGGACUGUGAUGUGUGUAUGUAUACAAUCCAUUCCUUGGAGCAAAAAUUGUGUUAUAUGACGGGACAACAGAGGAGAAUAUUUCAUAAUACAAUUUAAACUCACACUGACGCAAACCAGCAUACCCUUUAAAGUGUGGGGUAUUUAACUUUGGAUUCAUUUUGUAUAAGUUUAUACAUUUAAUAAUAAACCCAGAUUUACAUGUGUGAAACAACACUUUGUCUUUAUUCUCCUUACAGUGAACAAUAGCGUGCAACAGCGGGCUACAUUUUUAGCAGCCUUGGUUUCUGGAAGUUUUCUUUUUCUAUUCAAAAUGUCCACGUUAAAGGAGUGUAAGCCAUAAAUAAAACUACAAUUCCAUGAAGCAUUCUGAAUGACAAUAAAAAUGGAGAAAUAUAAAUUCAAAGUUGUUUACAUGAAUAGCAACAGCGUUUAGGAUAGAUAAAAUAGUACUACGGAGUUGUGUUUUAAAGGUUCUUUACACCGAACUGUUCAAAAGAACCGAUUCCCACUAAAGAAUCGGACCUCCAAUCAUUACUUCCAUAGCGAGAGCAUCAUGUUAUUCCCUGUGCUUCGUGGGAGUGGCAAAAAAUUACAAAUUGUGGCUCUGAUUGAGAGAUUUGGUGUGUGUAAUCACGUGCAGUGUAAUUUAUCAACAGGAAUUCUGCUUUAAAACUCAGUUCUUAAAAAUGUGCCGUUGAUUAACAACCCCAAGUUCGCAUCAGGUCUGUCUUUGAAGGUUUUUUAUCAUUAAAAAUAAAUUCCCUUCUAGAGAAUAUGAAAUGAUUUGUAACUUCCAGACUUUUGCAAUCACCAGGUUUUAUUGAGCAUUAUUCUGAAAUGUUAUUUUCAAGUUCUCUUUUUAAGCGUCUCUUCGCUUUUAGACAUGUUCUGGUUUAUCACAGUUGUCUUAUGGUUGUACUGUAUCUUUAAUCUUGUAUUCUCUAUUCUCACUAUACAUUUAGAAAGAUUUAAAAAACUCCUAUGUUUAGGCUCCGGACCAUUAAACUUCCUUGACCAU